AUGGCGGAGACCAACAACGAUCAUCUGGUCCAGUCCGAUGAUCCGGACCAUCCUGCAAACCUGAUUCCUAGACUGUGCAAACAGUUCUAUAGUCUCGGAUGGGUCACUGGAACUGGAGGCGGCACUAGCAUCCGGAAAGACGAACAUGUCUACAUUGCUCCCUCGGGCGUGCAGAAAGAGCUUAUCAAGCCCGACGACAUGUUUGUCCUUUCCUACCCAACUCCCAAGUAUCCGCCAUCUGCACGACAGUACAUACGGAAGCCUUAUGAGCUGAAGCCGUCUGCUUGCACGCCACUCUUCCUUGCUGCCUUCGAACGAGGGGCCGGUUGCUGCAUCCACUCUCAUUCCCAGUGGUGUGUUCUGGUGACUCUCCUGGUUGAGAAGACGUUUGGCAAGGAGGCGUGUUUUGAGAUCAGCAACAUUGAGCAGAUCAAGGGGAUCCCGAAAGGGCCUGGAAAGGGAAUGCUUGGGUUCCAUGACACACUGCGUGUGCCGAUCAUUGAGAACACGCCGUUUGAGGAGGACUUGACUGAAAGCUUGGAGAAGGCGAUGGAGCAGUAUCCAGACACCUACGCCGUGCUGGUUCGGCGACAUGGAAUUUACGUUUGGGGCGAAACGGUGGCCAAAGCCAAAACCCAGUGCGAGAGCCUGGACUAUUUAUUCCAGCUUGCUGUUGAGAUGCACCGACUUGGCUUGCCGUGGACAAUAUGA